UCGGUCCAACACCCAGACGCUGGGACGCGCUCACGAGCCGCACGCCCGCACCAACGGCACACGCCGCCACCCGGCCGCGCCCAGCCACGGCCGCCCGCCAGGCCGCCAGCAGCUCAGGUGGCCGCCAGGCCACCCCCACCUCGAUUCAAUCCAUUCGUGGACGAGGCGCUGGCGACUGGACGAGCGACCCCGGCGGGCGAGCGAGCGACGGCACUCACGGCAGCCUUGGUGUUUGUCUGGACGUCUGGUGGAGCGAGCGACCACGGUGAAUGAGCUCUCUUCCGGAAUUUUGGUUUUGGUGAGGAUGCGGCCCACUGGACAGACUCCUUCCGGCUCGUCCUUUGCUCGCUUGCUCUUUGGGGAUACGGCGCCGCUGCCACUUGCCAAUGCCAAGUCCAACACCUCUGCUCAAGAUAAAAGCAACAUCGACGAUGGGUACCAAGAACCGAAAUAUGAUCCCCAAUGUGGCAUGAGCAAGGAGGAGUUUGAAUGGCGCUUCAGUCUACAAGAGAAGGUACGUCAGCAUGCGCUUGAGACGCUGCACAAGAUACAGAUCGAGGCAGAGAAGGUGCGGCACCACUUCAACGAUGAUCCUGAUGCCCUCAAAGUGUGGGAUGAGUACAUGGAUGGUGUCCGUUGUGCAGCUUCUCAUAAAUUCACGUCCUCCCUUUAUUCGUAUGCCCAUAAUUCUGGUUUGUAUGAGCAGCUAAUGAGGAGAAAGGCCCGCUCCAAGACUUUUGUUGGCAUGUUAUCUGGGGAAUGUGACAAGUUAAAACGAGCUACCAGGAACAAGAUGCCUAUAUUUGCGGUGGUAGCCGGUGUUGCUGCUGCAUUUGCUACCGGACUUGCUGUUGGAACCGGCAUAUGGAAGCAUCAGCAGAGCAAGGAAACCUAGCAGCAGUACCUGUGGUCAUGUUUUUGUCAUAUGUGUCACUUGUUAACUUAAAUACAUUCUCGUGUCAGGUAUGAAAUAUCGUUAGAAUGAUGAAAGAUGCCUGUACUGGCGCAUUUUCGCAUUCGGCUGUAAUGCUAGAGUUGCAUAAUUUGUUUUGAUCA